AGUUACAAUCCUGAAAUGACAGCUUCUUGUUUUAAAAUGAUUGUUCCUUUGCUGCAUAAAAAUGGUGUUGAUUUUCUUGGAUUGAGUGAAUGCGAAUUGACCGAUGAGAAAAUUCAUACAUUACGGGAGUCAUUGCAAUCUAGAACUACAAUUCGUGCCUUUGACAUCAGUUAUAAUGAAUGUUUGGAGUUUGGGGAUGAAUCAGACUUAAUAGUGCUGAUAAAAAAUCAUGAUGUCAAAGAUCUAAAUGUAUCUGGUUGUGAGUUGACGGAAAAUCAAGUUGAAUCAAUGGGAAAAGCUUUACAAGCACAUGAGUUUGAAACACUAAACAUCAGUGAUAAUGUGCCAAUACAUGACGGUGUUAAACAUGUUGGCGAAAUGGUUGGAACUUGUCCCAUUGUCAAUCUGGAUAUGAGUGAAUGCAUGUUCAACACAAGACAACUGAAUUCUUUCGUGGAUGAACUUGGUACUUCUCAGUUGAAGACUCUAAAUAUCAGUGAUUCAAAGCGAUAUGUGGACACUGAGUAUAUUAAAGUUAUCUGCAAACUUGUUCCAAAAGUUGAAAAAGAAUUAAAUGUUUGCUUCUCUCAUAUGGCUGAAGGUUGCUUGGAGUUGUUGCAAACAGUAUUGGAUCAUACUGGCAACAAAAAUCUUCGUAUCACAUAUGGCUACAAAACUGACAGCAUCAAAUCAAUAAACAACGUCAAGUUCACUCCUUCUGAAGACAUGAGGAAAUAUCUUGUAUGCAAGCCCAAUGUACUCGCAUGAUGUUUUGUUGUAUGGUUUUCUGUAAUUUUCGUUAUAGCCAGUGUUUUAUAUUAAGUGCAUGCAUUACUGGUGAGAAAUAAAUGAUAUUGAUAACGGCUCCACAUUACUUUGUAAAAAAUAUAUUUGAUAGCAAGAAUAAAACAUUGUGCAUUGUUUCAACCUUGACCUUUAUAUCAAGUACAUUUGAUAGAUAGAAGUAGACAACUUACCUGGUAAAUAUUGUCUGUAAACUUGUCUAACUCAUAUUGUAUGUUUCUUACCUGUCAUGACUGUACUUUCAGUUCAAUAUGCAUUUCCUUCUGUGAAUUUAAUUCACCUCGGUUGUGCGAAUUCCCAAUCCCAUGUAUGGGUUUUUUGUUUUGUACCUUUCAACAUACAGGGUGUCUCAAAAGUAAGUAUGCAUUUUUAAUUUUGAUUGGCUUUUCAGGUACUCAUCAUAGAGCGU